CCGAUCUCUCAGGAUGCGCUCCGACGUGCGCAUCGUCCUCGCCGGCGACGCGGGCGUGGGCAAGAGCACGCUGCUCACGAGCCUCAUCAAGGAGGCGUACGUCGACGACGUGCAGCGCCGCAUCCCCGAGAUCACCCUGCCGGCGCACGUGUGCCCCGAGGGCGUGUGCACCAAGAUCGUCGACACCGUCGCCACGUCGGAGCAUCGCUUGCAUCUCGAGACGGAGCUGCGUCGCGCCUCCGUCAUCUGUCUCGUCUACUCGAUCGCCCAGCCCUCGUCCUUCGACCGCUUGCCGACGUACUGGCUGCCGCUCAUCCGCUCCUUGGGCAUCAACGUGCCCGUCAUUCUCGUCGGCAAUCAAAUCGACCUGCGCAGUGGGCCCUCGCCGCACUCGGCACUCGAGGCCGAACUCGCGCCGGUCAUGAGCGAGUUCAAGGAAGUCGAGACGUGCGUCGAGUGCUCUGCCAAGCUGCCACUCAACGUCAGUGAAGUCUUUUACUUUGCGCAAAAGGCAGUCCUCUACCCUACUGCUCCGCUGUACGACUCGAGAGCACACGCCCUCAAACCGGCGUGCGUCGCUGCACUGCGGAGAAUCUUUCGUCUGUGCGAUGCGGACAAGGACGGGCUGCUGAGCGAUGCGGAGCUGAACGACUUCCAACGCAAGUGCUUCGAUGCGCCGUUGCAGAGCAGCGAGCUGGAAGGCAUCAAGGAUCUCGUGCGAAGCGCCCCGGUCGCUGGCGCCCCCUUUCCUUACGACGACCUCUCAGCGACCGGCUCCGUCUCAGACGCAGGCACUGAGACGCCUCGGCAGCGCUCGCACCCGCAUCUGCGCGAUGGCUCGCUGACGCUCUCCGGCUUUCUCUAUCUCCACACGCUCUUCAUUCAACGAGGCAGACUCGAGACAACGUGGACCGUGCUUCGUACCUUCGGCUAUGGCAGUGACUUGACUCUCGAUGCCUCCUUCGUCUCGCCUGCCUUUCCCGUACCCGCAGACUGCUCAGUCGAACUCUCUCCGCACGGCUAUCAGUUUCUCACCGACGUCUUCGAGGCGCACGACAAGGACCACGAUGGCGCCUUGUCGCCGCGAGAACUCGCAGCUCUCUUCUCUACCGUCCCCGAAACUCCUCGCGCUCCUGCUGGCGCUCAUCCAUGGGGCCCAGACUUCCCGCAUGCUACGACCGUCACGGAUGAAGCUGGGCGAGUAACGCUGCAAGGAUGGCUGGCGCAGUGGAGCAUGACUACGCUCCUUGAGCCGCAGACUACACUUGCGAUGCUGGCGUAUCUCGGCUAUCCUUCCUUUACUCCCUCCAACUCCUCCUCGACGCCCGCUUCCUCGUCUAGCGCAUCCUCUUCAACACCACACGUCCCACGCGCACCAAGCACGACUUCGGCGCUCCAGCUGACGCGCCCGCGCCGCGAACGUGCAAAGAAGGGCAGGGGCGCGGCGCAGAAUCGCAGCGUGCUGCUCGCGUACGUCGUCGGCGCAGCGGGGAGCGGCAAGAGCGCGAUCCUGCAGCAUAUGGUGGGCGAGGAAUGGGAGGAGCGCUACAAGCCCACACCCGGACCGAGAGCGGUGGUGGCAGCAGUGGAGCAGGGCGGUGCAGAGAAGUAUCUCGUGCUGCAAGAGUUCGGCUCCCGCUUCGAGGCCGAGGCGCUGCGGCACAGUGCCAAGGUGGCGUGCGCCGACGUCAUCAUCUACGUGUACGACUCUUCGGACACCAACAGCUUCUCGUACGUCUCGAAUCUGCGGCAACAAUAUCCGCACUUGUCCUCGCAAGCCAGUCUCUUCGUCGGCACAAAGGCGGACCUGGACCUGGCGCAGCAGCGACACGAGGUGCAGCCGGACGCGUACUGCGCCAAGCUGGGCCUCAAGAUUCCCGGUCUCGGCGCAGGCCCGCUCAACAUUUCGGUGCGCAAUGGCGAGAUGGCAGACUUUGCCGCCAUCGUCUGCCGCAUUGCCCUCGACCCGCGCGGCGCCGUGCCCGGAGGCGGCGAGGGCGCAGGCGCACUGCUCAGCUGGAGCGGCAUGCGAGAGGGAUGGCUGAACUGGCUCGUCGCCACUCUGGCUGUGGGAGGCGGCGCUUGGUGGAUGCGUCGCUCGCUGUCUGCCAACGGGAGAGCGUGGCGUGCACUGCCGAGCUGGACUAAUGGAUGGAGCGCGGCAAUGAGAGGCAAGACGGAGCUGUAAGGCGACAGGAAGAGGAGAAGGAGAGAGAGAGAGAGAGAGAGAGAGAGAGAG